AUGCUGGCCCAGGACAAUGCGACCUUUUCUCAGCGCUUCUCGCUGGACAUGAGCGACGCGGACGCGGACGAGUGGAUGGCCGACUUCAACUGGGAGGACCCGCGACGCCUGCACAGAGUCAUUGCGCGGGGCCCGCUCAUUGCCGCGCGCGUGUUCCACUGGACUGCGCGCCUCGCCAUGCGCGCGCUGUUCAACUGCAGCGACGCACCAGACCAGCUGAACUGCGACGGCAUCGCUGCGAAGGACUUACCGGGCAUCGUCGGACACGUGCGAGCGUACCUCGGCGUCGUGGAAGAACAGAUGCGCAAAGCGCUGCACGUCCACAUGCCCAUCCAGCUCGUCGGCUUCUCUCAUCCAGACGAUCUUUUCCGAGGCGACCACCUGCAGAACACCUUCCGGCGGGCCUGGCACUACGUGGCCUCCAUUACGUUCCGCAGCACGGAGGCCUUCGCACAUUACGCAAAGGACCCCCAAGGAGAAGCCGCCCUUCAACAACUGCCGCUGCUGCCCUUGACGAAGUCGCAGCGGGAGAAGAUCGGGAGCGCGCGCGCGGUCGCCAGCAACGCGGCCCAGUGGCGAGGACGGGGGCUCCAGCAUCCAGCUGCGAGCGCCAGCGACGUGCCUGAUUUCGCAUUCUUCCCGUCGUCCUUCUCCUGCGACCCCAACGUCGACAGCGGAGCAUGGUCUGAGAGAGCAGUGCGGGAAACCACGCACCCGUUCCACUUCCGCAUGAACCCCGCCAUUAUGCUCGGGCCGCAGUGCAACCAUGACCUGGCUGUCCUGCUGCGAUUCUGCGACAUCCCCGCAGACGACGCCAACCUCCCGGACGCGGCCCGCGUCGCCCAAGUGAAAGCAUCAAUGGCGGAAGCCAUGGGCGACCACGAGUAUUACGCCUCGGCGUGCUCCUCCAAAGCGCAGCCGCAUGCAGACGGGCUGAAGAUGACAUUAGCCGCGUCCCUCGAGAGAAAGGAGCGCGCAGCAUUGGCAGAUGCCGCCCGGGAAGCGAACGACGACCAGGAGAAGGCUCGCAAGUUGUUGCACACCCUGGUAGCCGCCACGAACAACCGGAUGCACAAAGGCUUCCCUGAAAUGAUCAGUUACCUGUUACGCAAGCCUAUAGUAUUCAGCAGCCACACGUUCGUCCCAGUCUUCUUCGGCAAGCUUCUCGCGAUCAUCCGUGCCAAAAUAUGCCGAUCAGCACGCGGAGAGGCGGACUCCGCAGAUCCGGGCCAGCCCCGACCGUAUGCGACGAGGGUGACUCCCGCCAAUCUACAUCUAGGGGAGUUGGACUACGUGCACAGACCCGCUGAGCUGGAGCACUUUCCGCUGUAUUUCUUCUUCGCGAGUUGCGACGCCAAGAUGCCCCUUGGAAAGAAGCCCCCCCCGGGAUCUCUCCGGUGGCUUCCAGACGAGGCCCGCCGGCAGUACACGUCUGCACCAGUGACGAGCGCGACGUACGAUGGAGUGCCGCUCCGCGGGGAUCCGACCGACGAAGAGCCCCGCGGUGCCAUGCUGUACAGGUACGCGUACUACGUGUCAUUGCGCCUGACAAAGCCGUGGAAGGUGCCUAUUCUCUACGGCAAGCUGCCCGGCCGGCCGGCCGAAGACGACCUCGACGACGCGUGGUUCGCCUACGCGUUGCACGUGAUGAUUCUGUUUAGGCCGUUCCGAUCCCUCAAAGACUUUGUCACUCGGAUCACUCGAGAACCAUGGACGCAUGGCGAGUGCGCAUUCCAAAGAGCCGUCGUCAACGAUUUCCACGCCUGGGAAACUUCAAUCCGAGAGGCGGCUCUCCAGUUCACCGCGGAGACGCCGCCUCUGUCCGCGGAGUGGUGGGCGCACAGAACCGAGGACUGCCUUCGCAACUACGACUUCGCUUCCUCCAGAAGACAAGCCAUAAGUGAAGCCGUCCCCUCGAGUGCGCAGAUGUCGUUCCUCCCACCAUGGGACGCCGCGCGCGGCGGACAGGCGGAGCCGGUUGCUCACGAUCCCGAUCCUGUGCUGGACACCGACGACGACGCAGACGCCCAUCCGAACGACCUCCCCUUGGACGGAAGCGAUGCGAGUGACAGCGGCCCCGCCCCGCGGCACAGAGCUCCCGACCCGACGAGCGUACUCUGCGGCACUUUGCCUGAGGGCGUGGAACUGAACGACGUCGUUGCCCCUGCGUCAUGGCAGAGAAGCACAGCUGCAGAGGCGAAGUACAUCGUAGAGUUCACGCGGGAGACAUCCGCCCGCCUCAGAGCAGCCAGCGCGGCCGCUGGCGCGCCUCUCGCUUCAGAAGUCGCGCGGCUGCGCCCGGCCGCCUCCCUGGCAGCUGCGGACCGACAGGCGGACUUUUUCAAGAUGAUUGACGCAUGGAAAGCAGACGCCUCCAACCUAUCGGCAACCCCCUCCAGGAACACGGUGGACUCAUUGCAGCACCGGCUGGGCACCGCAAUGGCGAACGGCCGAGAGUCUGCAUUCCCUCCGGUGCCUCCCCAAACUCGGACAGCAGUGCUCGACGCCUGCGUUCACCUGCUCCGAGCGGGCGUUCUGAACGUUGUCGACAUGCCGGAGAUCAACGUGAAACAGGCGCGUGCCCUGAUGUGGAAUGCUGCCUGGCUACAGGACGCGAUGAACCGCGCGCGGGGGUUCGACGACCCGUCGGGGCCGACAGUCACUGGGCGACUCUCUCUUGAUGACGGGUUCCAGCUCGCGCUCAUGGGCCCUGGCGGCACUGGCAAGACGGCGGUCCUGCGAGUUGUUGAAGCAGUUGCGUGCUAUUUUAUCGGUCCAGACACCGUGCAGAAAUGCGCGCCGUCGAACUCGGCGGCGCGACUUCUCAAGGGGGACACGCUCCACGCACUCUGCAAGCUACCGUUCGGCAACGACGUGACAGUGUCCAGCAAGCGCGGGCGCCUCACUCGCAGUGUUUUGGAGACCCAUCGAAGCCGAUGGGAGAGCGCCCGCGCGUGCUUCAUUGACGAAGUCUCCAUGGUCGCAGCGGCGCAGCUCUUCCAGGCAGAAGUCCGGCUGAAGACAGCGAAGAACUCCACCCGGGCUUGGGGCGGCAUGGGCAUGACGUUCUCCGGGGGCUUCAUGCAGCUCCCACCGGACGUGGACAGGAAGAGAUCCAAGCACGUGGAAACAGUGCAAGGACUGCAGCUGUGGCGCCGCGUCCGGUACGUCGCGACGCUUGACGUCAACGUCCGCGCGCCUGGCCCGCUCAGCCAGCUGCAAGCGGAAAUGCGUGCCGGGGACAUCUCAGACGCGAUGUGGUCCCUCUAUACCAGCCGCAUACUAUGUCCUGAUGACGCGCGUCCGCACCACCCCGCGUCGCCUUUUUCGACGCACCCCUGGACGUACAUCGUCCACCGACACAAAAUCCGCGUCUACCGAUCCAUGCAGAACGCCAAGCAACACGCAGCGCGGCAUGGCCACGUCUUGUACGUCGUCCAAGCAAGAGACGAGCCGGUGGACCCCGCCGACUCCCUCAAACUGACAGACCAGGUCCGACGAGAGCUCCUGCAGAAGGUGAGCCCGAAGGACACCCAGGACUUGCCGAGCCUCCUGCCCCUGUACAUCGGGAUGCGCCUGACGAUGUGCUCCAAAGAUUGCGUCCGGCUGGGCCUCAUGAAGGGCUGCGCAUGCACACUGCGCCACAUCGUCUUCGCCGACGGGGAACCGUUCCAACCGGGCACCGUCGACGAGAACGUCGUGCACUUGCGUUUCAUGCCUGUCUCCUUGUGGUUGCAGGCUGACGGCGCGGAGUGGGAACUUCCGGCGGCCCACCUGGCUGGAGACCUCCCGACGUGUACGGACCGGCGCGGGCUCUUCCAAGUACGACCGACGUGUGGGUACUUGCGCGCGGCGUGGGAGGAGGAACACUUCUCCGUGCGCCGCACCACGUAUCGGCUGCUACCUGCAGAUACAAUUAUUGUAUACGGCGCUCAAGGAGGCACUUACUCAGCAGUGGUGGCUGACAUGAAGCGGCCGCCUUCCAUGGACGCGGACACGCACUGGCUGGCAUGCUACGAGAUGAUUUCCCGCGCAAUCUCCGUCGAGAGCCUGUUCAUCCUACGACCUGCGACCAGACGAGAACUCUCCCGAAAGCCGCCGCAGUUCCUGCUCGACGAGAUCUCCAGACUGGCCGACAUUGAGACAUCGUCGCUGGCCGUCCUCGUGCGCAUCUUACGCGACCAGGCUGGGGGCGAUCUACCGGGCGAUCUCAUGGACGCGGUCCUUGCACCGAAUGCGGCAUCGGAGCAGGCAUCUCGGGUUGCCGCUUCUCGACGCAAUCCCGCGGCCCAGACGUCGCAGGCCGCGACGGACGCACCCAGAACCCGCAAGCGGCUCCGGGGAAAGUCUGGCAUCUCGACCUGCUCCGACAACGACCACACCAAUCGUGCGCGGACAAGCGCGGACCGCGCAGACCACGCCGCGCCCGCCAACCCCACGAACUCCCCGGACGCGGCCGCCCCCGACGCUCAGCCGCCGCCUUGCAGAGAGCACAGGCGCUGCACAGUGGACGCGCACUACUGCGAGGCGGCAGACGCACCGCCGUGUCCCGCGCGCGGCCACAGAUGCCAUGCAGAUUGCAGGAGCGCGCUUUGCAGAUUCACCCCUUGUGACAUGUGCUUGCGCGCGGGGACGGUGACGCACGACUGCAACAGGUGGGAACACUGGAGUGCUUCACAACUUUACGAGUCCGUCGUGCGCCCGGCGUCGAACAUGGGCGCGAGCUGUUUCAUCAACAGUACGUUUGCAGCCCUCUUCACGAACUGGGAGGUGCGGCGCGCCGUCCGGAGGGCCGCUGCCGAGGAACACCAGGGCGCCGUCAGCGCGCGAUUCGUGGACGUACUUCGCGAAGCGCAAUCAUCCUUGCCGUCUGCUCAGUCACUGCCUUACCAGCCCCUCCGCUGCUUCUGCGACUCCACGCGCCGCACGGAGCUGCCGCGCGAGUGGUACAUGCCAGCGGAGGGCGGCCCAUUCCUCGUGUGCGCUGGAAACCACGACGACUCGUUCGACUUCCUCCGGCGUGUGCUGACUGCACUUGCAGCGGAGGAGUCGCCCGUUGCAAGUCUGUUUACUGGUGCAUACGCCGACGUGUACGCGUGCCCCCACCAGCCUUGCCUCGGCACGUCGCAGUGGUGCACCCGGCGCACGUUUCCAUUCUCGGUGCAUUACGUGAGAGUCGCGGACGAGUUCGGCGCUGUUCUAGCGGACACGUUGAGCGAAGCGCUCCGGCAGUCAGUCAGUCGAAUUGACGACGUGACGUUGGCCGAGCACACGUGCGGCGUGUGCGGGUCGGGCGGAGUGGCCAUGAAGAAGACGCUCAUCACUCACUGGCCGGAACUGUUGGCCCUGGGUCUUGGCCGGUUCUACUACGACAGGUCGACAAACCGGACUCUGAAGCACAUGCACUACGUCCACUGCGACCUGUCCCUCGCGGUGGACGGCGCAUGCUAUGAGCUGGCGGCCGCGGCUUUCCACACGGGCAGCUCCGCCAUGACGGGCCACUGGGUUUCCGUGUGCAG